UGACCAGAAUGACCUGUGUUUAACAGAACUGUAUAAGAGACGAGCUCCUGAUAAGACCACUACUACAUUUCUGUCUACUACUUGGAAUCUUGCAGUCGCAGGAAAAUGUCUGAUUCGAUUAAAAACGUGGCGAUCUUCGGCUCGACCGGGAUGACGGGCUUGGCGACGUUACCGAUUGCAGUGGCAGCAGGUUAUAACGUGACCGUGCUGGUAAGGGAUCCAUCCAAGCUACCUGCUGAUCAUAAAAUCUCCAGGAUUGUGGUGGGAGACGUCCUUAACAAAGAGGAUGUUAAAAAGACUAUGGAGGGUCAGGAUGCUGUCAUCAUCAUCCUGGGCACAAGGAAUGACCUUAGUCCUACCACCAUGAUGUCUGAAGGCACACGGAACAUCCUGGAGGCCAUGAAAUCUCGUGGUAUCAGAAAAGUGGUUGCCUGCAUGUCCGCGUUUUUGCUGUGGGACAGAGCAAAGGUUCCUCCCCGCCUGGUUCCGGUCACUGAGGACCAUGAGCGCAUGAACAUAUUACUGAAGGAGUCUGGACUGGAUUAUAUUGCUGUGAUGCCGCCACACAUUGCAGAUAACCAUCCUCUGACUGAAAAGUACACCGUCACCGAGAACAUGCUGCGAGGACGUGUCAUCUCCAAGCACGAUCUCGGCCACUUCUUCAUCAAGUGUCUUUCCACCACUGAGUGGGACGGGAAGACAGUGGGGGUGUGUGGGGAGUACAGUUAAACUAUCAACACAACCUCAUUAAUAAGUUCCUGACAGUUUAUACGUCAGGUUCUGCAGCUUGGCUUUUUUUUAACAUGGAAGAGCUUCAUAAUUGAAAAGAAAUCAAUUAUGCUUACACAGAUAAACACAAUAAUAUCACUAUAUUAUAUUAGUAUGAUAAUCUCUAAAAUCAAGUUGUUCAAUGAAAUGCAUAUAUCUUUUUUUACAUUGUUUUAAUUAUAAAUAAAUUUUGAAAGCAA